AAUAAUCAAAUUGUUAAAUGCUUAAAGUACACAAAAUGUCAGAAAUCUGCACUGUCAUGAACAAAAAUUUAAACCUAAUUUUUCGUGAUUUGUUGGAUUAACCCUCUGAGGUCUGAAUCCCAGGCUGUGCACAUCAACAUCACAGAUUUGUACAAAUAAAGUUUAUAACAAAGACAUGUUAAAUAUUAAGCACUGAAAACAGCUUGGUUGUUGUUGUUUGGAACGUCAUUUAAUGCAUGUUGUUUGGUUGCCAUAGUGAUGCCUUGAUGCUAAAAUGACAUCACAGCAUUUAAACAUGUUUUGGAUGAAAACAUCAGCAUAUGAAAACAGAACUGAAGAGACACUGCAACCAAAGCAGACGACUAGUGAAAUUUCUACGUUUCCCUGAGGAUUAACUGCUCUGCAAUUUACCAAGAACUAAAUCAAAAUGAAUGGAAGAGGAGAUGAAUCACAAAAUAACCGUAAUGGCCGACAGGUUAACCCAGAAAAUCUUCCAAGUGGAGAUCAGGAACCAGCUUAUGAACCAGUUUAUGAACCAGUUUAUGAACCUAUUGGUGGAUUCUGGGGUUUACUGAACAGUCUUUAUCAUGCUCUCUAUAAUAUAAUUUUUUGGAGGCUGAUGGAGCUGUUAGAUGAAUUAGAGGAACAAUAUGAUGUCUUUCACAUUGACAAUGUCAAUGACGGCAAUGUUAACAAUGUAAACAUUGCCGACAUUGAAAAUGAUGAUUCUGAUGAGGCAUUUGAAGACUGUGAGGAUGUUCACCAGUACAUCCCAGAAGAGGAUCCUCAGCCAGGUGUAUCCAGGAGGAGGCCUAGAGAGAUGGAUGAAGAAGAUGUGGAACCAAACAAAAGAUUCAGAUGGAGCGAGGAGUUUUCUGAUGAUGACUCUGACUUCAUCUCUGCCUGCGACACUGAUAGCGAGGGCUGUCCUCAUGCUGGUAAUAUUGCUGAUGAGGACAUCAAUCAGCAGGUACCAGAAGAAGAACAGCUGCCUGUUGGAUCCACGAAAAGGUCCAGAAAGGAAGAUGGAGAUGAAGAAGAGCCUAAUAGCAAAAAAUCCAGGCUUGCAAACUCCGAGAGCAGUAGUGAUGAACUUUUUGAAGACGCACAUGAAGAGCUUGACAACCAUGAAACUGGAGGCUCGAGGAAGCGGUCCCGAGAGGAUUUUGAGGAAGAAGAGGAAAACUCGCGUGUUUGCAAAUUUCGGAGGUGUUCAGAUGAGUCCACCAGCACCAGUGAUGACAACUAACGCUAUUUCGACGGCGUUUUCAGUAUCCUUUUAAUAGGCUGAUAGCUUUCUCAUGUGACCCUGAAUCCUCCUUGCAGGCUGCAAUAAGCUGGGCAUACACUGUGCGAUUUCUUCAGUCGCGUUAUUCAGCUCCUGCUCAAACUGUCCGAUUGACUGGCAGGGGCUAGAAGUUCGUAGGUCACGAUGCAGGGUCUCACACUAUACGGCCCG